AUGGAUGUUAUCUCUUUAGACUCGGUAGUUCUUGAACAGCUCCACGGAGAGCAGAAGGCUCUCCUCGAUGCUAUUGAUGACCUUCGUAAACACGGCAUUGAUCGUUUCGUCGAUCUUCCCCAGAUAAUUGUCGUUGGAGAUCAAUCGUCAGGAAAAAGCUCCGUUCUUGAAGCCAUCUCUAGGGUACGCUUCCCUGUCAAAGAUGGACUGUGUACAAGAUUCGCAACGGAACUUGUUCUUCGUACCGACAGUCAAACUAAGGUCGAUGUACGCGUUCUACCAUAUUCGAUUUUCAAUAAAUCUACGCCUCCAUUUGAUGAGAAAUCUUUUAGUAAAGAUGAUCUACCUCGUAUUGUGGAAGAAGCCAAGAAGAAAAUUCUCGAGAAUGAUGCUAGCUUCUCCGAGGACGUUCUUAGAAUCGAGAUAAGGAGUCCCGAUGUCCCACACUUGACACUAGUUGAUCUUCCCGGCUUCUACCACUCGGAAGAUGAGAAUCAGUCGGCUGCUGGCCGAAAGAUUGUGGACCGCCUGGUGGAGAGGUACAUGGCUCGCAAGAACAGUAUUAUUCUAGCUGUUAUCUCGGCGCGCAAUCAGAUCAUACUACAGAAGGUACUAUCCAAAGUCAAGCUUCACGACAAGCUCAAGGAACGGACUAUUGGAAUUAUUACAAAGCCAGAUGUUCUUACUCCUGACACCCAGGACGAGAAUAAUUUUAUUCGAUUGGCUAAAAACCUUGAUAAAUCGCAUGAGCUAUAUUUGGGGUGGCACGUUCUUCGUAAUAGAGGCGAAAUGGAAGCUUCGGAUACUGAUGAGCAGAGAGACGAGAAAGAAACGAAGUUUUUUGAAUUAGGCCUAUGGUCCAGUGUGCCCUCGAAGAAUCGAGGCGUGGCAGCUCUUCGGAAGAAGCUGAGCGGUAUUCUCCUGCAACAUAUCAAGAAUAAUCUUCAAGGUCUCAUUGAGAGUAUUGAGAAAAAUAUUAAUAGUCGCAAGACUCAACUCGAACGUCUAGGAGAGUCAAGGUCAACUCCAAAAGAGCUACGGACACACCUAGAUAAAAUUGCCUCCAAGUUCCAGAUUCUGUGUCUACAUGCCGUGGAAGGGAAUUACACUGAUGAGUUUUUCGGGGGUCUCUAUCCUGCGUUCGACCACCCAUCCGCAGUUGAUAACAGCAGAGUCAGAAAGUUCCGAGCACUUGUACGCGAUUUAAAUCGGACAUUCGCUUACAUUUUAGAAACUAAAGGUUCAAGACGCAUCAUUCUCCCUAAGAGCUCGAAUGGCAUUGGUAAUAUUUCACACACUAUUGGGCAAUCUGAGGAAUUUGCGAAGAAAUUGAUCUUACCGACGUUCCUUCAGCCACUAGCUAAUCAAUACAAGUUCAAGGAUCCAGAAAAGAUCACGUUCGAAAAGAUUUCAUAUGAUCUAGAGUCACUUUCGUCGGCCAACCAGGGCAAUGAGUUCCCUGGUACCUCAAACGACCGCUUAGCCGUGAAGCUUUUCCAGGACCAGUCUCAACCUUGGGAGGAAAUUGCACGUUGUCACCUACGGCUCGUGCUAGAUAUGGCCAAAGAAUUCGUUGAGAAGCUCGUGGGACAUAUUAUAAAUCCAGACAAAAAGACUUGCUCAGCGAUUCUCACGGAAAUUGUAGAUCCAUUCUUCGAAGAAAAGUCUGGUGUACUCGAAUCUAAACUUCAGGAGCUUCUCUGUCACUACAAAAGCGGCUAUCCGCAACCUCUUGAUGCCGAGUUUAGGGUUCUUCUUGCGCAGAGACGUCAGAAAAAUGUCGGAAUUAAUAUCCUCCAAGACUUGAUGGCAAGUCGACCCGAGUUCUUCACGGAAGAGGCGCGUAAGGACCUUGAGAGAGUAAAAUGGUCCAAACCUGUGAGCGAGUUUGGGGUGGACAACUUGAUCGAAAAAUCUGAAACCUAUUACGAGAUGUCGCUUCGGACCUUCACCGAUAAUGUAGUCGUCUUAGCUGUCGAGAACUGCCUCAUGAGAGAUCUCCCUUCAAUAUUUACCACAACUAGAGUUAAUGGGAUGGAAGAUAAUGAACUUGAGCGGCUUGCAUCAGAGUCACCAGAAGUUCAAACGGAGCGCAAGGAGUUGCAGGCGGAAUAUGAUGCUCUUAAGAAGGGAUUGCAGAUCUGCAACAAAUUUAAGGAGCGGAAAUCAACUCGUAAUUAUUCGAACCCUUACAAUAUUAGAUUUAAACACUAA